AUGGGCAGCAGGGGAAACGGCCACGAAAAGUCAAGCGGCCCCAGCCGAUUUCCUCAGAAAUCGUGCCGCGUGCCAGGGAACUCCAGCACGCCGGGGACCUCCCGGCACAACGGCAUCGUUGUCACCGGCGGCAGGAAAGCCAUCCUGCAGGUGAAGCAUCCUGUGUCUGCGAGCCGCGGUGACCGCCCGCGAGCCUCCCUGCUCCUUGGCGGAGCCUCGAGAAAACUUCUCGUCCUAAAGAUUUCCACUUGUGGCACUCACAAGUGCUGGAAGGGGAAGACGAAGCCAGCCCUGCCCUUGGCUUUGAAACCAGACAUGGGCUCCAUCUCGAAUCACAGCUAUUUCAGAAAUGACACUGACUCCUCUGAAGAUCAGUCUUUUUCUUUGUUUGAUGUCCAUAUUUUGGUGCCUGUGACAGUAAUUUCCAUCAUCCUGUUUUUCUUGGGAGUCUCUGGGAAUUUGAUAACGAUAGUCAUUUUCAGACGCUCGCAGGAGAUGAGGACGACAGUGAACAUGUACCUGUCCAGCAUGGCGCUGUCGGACACGCUGAUUUUCCUUGGCCUGCCUUCGGAUCUGUACCGCCUCUGGAAGUACAAGCCCUACAUAUUUGGGGAUUUUCUCUGCAAGUUCUUCAUUUACCUGAGCGAAACGUGCACGUACUGCACCAUCCUGCACAUCACCACGGUGAGCAUGGAGAGGUACUUCGCCAUCUGCUUUCCCCUGAAAGCCAAAGCGACCAUCACCAAGUGCCGGGUGAAACGGGUCAUCCUGGCGCUGUGGGGCUGCUCCCUCCUGACCGCCGGCCCCAUCCUCUUCCUCUUCGGGGUUGAACACCCCAACGGCAGCCUGCCCCAGGAGAGCCGGGAGUGUAGGUCCAUUGAGCGCGUGGCCCGCACGGGGCUGCUCGAGACCAUGACCUGGGUCUCCACCAUUUAUUUCUUCCUGCCCAUGCUCUGCUUGACUCUGCUGUACAGACUCAUCUGCAGAAAGCUCUGGCGGAGCACGCAGCGGCUGCCGGGCUGCCAGGCUGCGGGCAGCAAAAGGUCCCACACGCAGACUGUCAAAAUGCUGGCCAUCGUAGUCUUGGCCUUUGUGCUGUGUUGGCUCCCAUUCCACGUCGGCCGAAUCCUCUUCGCCCAGAGUGAAAUCCUCCUGUAUGACCUCACGCAGUACUUCAACCUCAUCGCCAUGCUCCUCUUCUAUCUUGGGGCUUCCAUAAACCCUAUACUUUACAACGUCAUGUCACACAAAUACAGGAAAGCGAUGAGCAAAAUCCUGCACCACAAGCAAACUCGGCGCUGCAGGAGCCUGACCAGGAGUGGAAAGGUUUCUUUUGAAGGGACAGAACUCGGUUCUUUCAUGUCAACUGUUCAGCAUUGA